AUGAAAUCGGACCGCAAGAGUCGCCUGGAAGCGUGUUCGCUGCACACAGACGCGUACACUAUGGUGGCAGAUGAGAUAGAUCCUCAGUUGGAGCUAGAGUGUCAGCUGGUGGCCCGGAGACGACGCGACCAGGGGGAAGACGACGAUAGCUACGAGGCCACCAGCUUCACUGACUUCAUAUAUCUGGCUAAACUGUCCAGUUCUCAGCCGGACACGACGUUGCCGGCCCGACAGGUGAAGGUGGCCAAGAGCCGCGGCAGCUUGAAGAGACGAAGGUUGGAUACAUGCUGUAAGGGUCCGAAUGCUAAGCGACCUCGAGUUACUACCAAGAACAAAAAACGAAGUGUGACGAUAAUAAGAGAGCGACAAACUCAGAAGGAUGCAGAUCGGGCUGGUGUGACGGCAGCUAAUCCUAACGAUGACAUACUUCCAAAUUCAAAAGUGAUAAUAAACACAGCAGAGUUAAACGCUAUAAUGAGUAACAAUAUAGUGCCUCUCUGCCAAGUAGGAUUGGAAGCCUUGAUAGAUUUGCACGCACAGCUGAGCAAGACGGUGCAUGCAUUCUCAGACGCAUGCGAUCGCACGCAUUUGCCGAAAGAAUUGCAUGCAAUCGUCUCAAGGUAA